AUGGGUAGUGGGUUGGUGCAAAGGGGUCUGGAUUUUACCAAAAGAAAGAGGAGAUGGAUAGUUUUGCUGGGAUUGGUCGGAUUUUCCACAUACGGUGUGUACAAAGUGUAUCACUCCCCUUCUGUGGCCAGAAAGAGAAGGAGAUUGUUGAAGCUGUUUGGAUCCCUUGUCUUGAUUGUCGAAAUGGUUUCUGAUUCCUCCGAGACAAUUUCGAUCGUGUCAAGGGAUCUGAAGGGGUUUGUCGAGUCGGAUUCAGAUGAAAUCCCCAAUAGUUUGAGGCAACUUUCGAAAAUCGCCAGGUCUGAGGAGUUCUCUGAAUCGGUGGCUCGUGUUUGCCAAUCUAUGACGGUCGGCAUUUUAAGGGGUUACAAGGAGACUAACCGGGCCGAGAUCCAAGACCUCAAGGGCCCGGGUUUGUUGGAUAGGGUUAUGGAUAAAUUGAUGUCAAGUGCAGGUACAGGUUUUGCCUCAGUCGUAGUUGGUAGUUUUGCAAGAAAUUUGGUUUUGGGAUUUUAUGCAAGUCAUGGCAGGUCGGAUGAGUCUCACGAGAUGUCGAGGUCCUCAGCGUUGCCCACAUGGGCGAAUGUGGUUUCGGAUGAUAAGUGCAGAAUAUUGGUGGCCGAUUGCAUAAAGACCUUUGUUAGCACAGCAGUUGCAGUCUAUCUCGACAAGACAAUGGACGUCAACUUUUAUGACGAGAUGUUUUCGGGCCUCACCAAUCCCAAACAUCAGAAUAAAGUGACCGACGUUUUGGUCUCGCUGUGUAAUGGGGCUGUCGAGACUCUCGUGAAGACUUCGCACCAUGUGCUGACCUCAUCGAAAUCGAUUGAUGAGCGCGAGAUAUCGAAAUUGAGGAACGGGAAAGAUGCUGAGGUGGAGGCCCGUGGUUGGGUCAGUAGUGUCUCGUCAACGCUGGCUGUGCCGAGAAAUCGGAAGUUUGUGCUUGACGUGACUGGAAAAGUUACGUUCGAGACAGUUAGGUCGGUUGUGGAGUUUUUCCUAUGGAAAAUGUCUGAAGGUUUGAAGAGGAGUGUGAAUGUUGUUCAUAAGGAAGUUGUCGAGAGGGGAUAUGAGGUUGUGAAAUAUGUUGGGUACAAAUCGUCGGUUAUUCUUACUGUGUGCCUGGCGUUGUUUUUGCAUGUCAUAGGAAAUACUCGUGAAUUGUUGCCUGCAUGA